AUGGCUUCAACGGUUCAGAACCAGCUGCUAUAUGGAGCACAGAUUUGGGCAGGAGCUCUAAGAUACGAGGUUAACGUUAGCACACUGCUGGGACCACAAAGACAAAUCGCCCUACGGGUAGCCAUGGCGUACCGGACGACGGUAUCAACCCAGGCGAUAAUGGUGGUCGCAGGGAUGAUCCCGGUUCAUUUAUUGGCGAAGGAGAGACAGAAGUUGUACAAUCAUACCAAAGAAGGAAAAGAGAUGAACAAACAGGAUCAUCGAGUUAACACAUACAAAGAAUGGCAAAAGGAAUGCGACCAAGCGAAAAAGGGCAGAUGGACGCACAGACUAAUCCAGGACGUAGAGAAAUGGUCAACAAGAGGAUUUGGUAAUACAGAUUAUCAUCUCACUCAAAUGAUAACUGGACAUGGGUGCUUCGGCUCCUACUUGUAUAAGUACAAGAAACGCCUGAGCCCGGAGUGCGUGGAUUGCAAGGCUGUGGAAGAUAGUGCUGAGCACACGAUUUUUGUGUGUGAUAGGUGGUGGAAUAAAAGAAGAGACCUUGAAGCGAAAAUAGGAGGAGACUUCGAAGUGGACUCAGUAAUAAAAUUAAUGUUAAGGUCAAGAAGCAAUUGGAAAGCGGUGAAGGCCUUCGUCGGCGAGGUUUUGAGGACAAAGGAAGAGGAAGAAAGGCAAGCCCAAAGAGAAGUUUUAGUAGAAGCAGUUAACCAUUAG